GUCAGACACCGGCUGCAACUGCGUGGUUGUCUCUGAGAAGGCAGUGCCUGAUGCUGACGUCUCUCAGCGACCUAAGGUCGUAGUAGAUAUUUUUCCAACCAUUAGGUACUAUAUAAGAUGUCCGUUUCGAGGGUUGGAUUGAUAAUGCUGUCCUAGCACAUAUGAAGUGCGCUUGUGUCCUCAUUGGCAACAUCUCAGGAGCUCGUAGUCCUGAUGAGCCGUCUCAUGAACAGCAAAGCACCGUCCUUGCUCCAAACCUCAGUCAGUGAUUUGGCUAUGCUUCAGUCUCCUCUGCUCACGCCUCAGAAGAGGAGCUGCCAUUAAUGCUAGCUAUGCUUCAGUCUCUCUGCCCACUGCCUCCUCUUUUCCUCCAGCCUCGGAAGAGGAGCUGCCAUUAAUGCGAGCAUAUGCUGUAGAAACCCGCAGUAGCAGAAUGAAGCGUGUUCAUCCUCUAGUUUUGCCAGAAUUGCAACCCUUGGACGUGACUCCGGAGGAUUUCGCUAGUCUUCAAGUAGUGUCCGUCUCUUGGAAAUCUUGGGUACAAAGUUAACACAGGUGAAGAGUAGCAGACAAAGGACGGCUCUACGUUCUCUUACCUUCGCUGUACCGGACUUCUCUACUGGAAGUGUUCGACCUCCAAACAUCCAGCAAAGGUUGGUAAGCUCUCUUAUUGUUCCUAAGGAUUGUCGCCCAAUAAUCCUGUCUGUUGGCCAAGGAUUGUCGACCAAUAAUCCUGUCUGUUGGCCAUGGAAACCUUCUAGCAGGUCAUUUCUCUCAGACUUUUUGAAGGUAUCCAGCCACUUCUGGCCUGGGACGGGUGUGAAUAUUAUCGACUUCUGUCGAUCCUGUGACGUCUGUCAACGAAUGUCUGCCAAAGGUCGAGUCCGACUAGCACCUCUCCAUCCUCUUCCAAUUAUAACCAAACUUUUUUCCAGAGUGGCGGUCGAUUUGGUUGGACCACUGUCUCCCCCAUCCUCAGAAGGCCACAGGUACAUCCUCAUUUUAAUCGACUACGCCACUGGAUUGCCAGAAGCCGUGCCACUGAAGGAAAUAGACUCCAUCUCCGUUGCUGAGGCCUUGCUCUCCAUCUUCGCUAGAGUCGGUAUACCACGGGAAAUUUUCACUGGUCAAGAUACCCAGCGAUACGACCGGUUUCCCCGCCUUCAAGCUUCUCUAGCUAUGUGGUAGAGCUACAGACGCUAGUAGACCGCCCAGGUCGCCGCCAACAAUGCAGACAUUAGUGCCACGAAAUAUGAGACCUACUUUGACAGAGUCAAGAUAGACAGUUUCAACCUGGCGAUGAGGUCCACCUUCCCAGCGACUCCAGCAAGCUUCUUGCAACUUGCAAAGGACCUUCUGGUUUUAGAGCAACGAGGUAAGGGUGAUUACCUAAUUGAUUGUCCCCAAGGUCCGAGAUUGUACCACGUCAACCUCUUAAAACGUUAACAUCCGUCAUGCUAGUGCCAGCUUUGCCGAAGUUUUAGACGAAGUGUCAACACCGGCAACAUCCGUCAUGCUAGUGCCAGCUUUGCCGAAGUCUUAGACGAAAUGUCAACACCUGAAGAGACCGAAGAGUAUGUCCCGGAGAACAACCACCUUAUUUGUGAAGACGACCCCGAGGACGAGUGCUAUUCUUUGCCAGUGACACCUGAUGGCUGUUCUGACAAGGAUAGACGAUCCAGGAUCAACCCAAACUUAAUUUCACAAGUUGACAUCGAGUAUCUCCUGUCAGAGUUUGACAACGUUUUCUCUGAUGUUCCUGGGUGUAUUUCCUCUGAACAUAUUGUCUUAACUACCACUGGCUGCAUUAGCACAAAGAUUUACUGUCCCUGUCCAUCUAAAAUGUUUCUUUGAACAGGAAGUCUCUCCUUUUGAGUUUGAA